GGUAUUAUAGAUAAGGUUCCCAUUAAUACCAGUGUGACAUGGAGAGCUCUGAGCAGGAACCCAAAAAAUGUAACUCUUGAAAGACAUGAGUGAGAUAUGUGAUUUGGAGUGUUGCAUCUGAAGGGCUAAGCGAUUCUUUUGGAGAAGACUUCUAGAUGAGCCUGGAUCUGUGUGAAGAGGUCUAAGGAGGAUUUAAUAGGAUGUCAACUGAGGCAGAACUUCAAGUGGCUGUGAAAACCAGCGCCAAGAAAGAAUCAAAAAAGAAAGGCCAAGAUCGCAGCGAAGCUACUUUAAUAAAAAGGUUUAAAGGCGACGGUGUUCGGUACAAAGCAAAACUAAUUGGGAUCGACGAGGUUUCGGCUGCAAGAGGAGACAAGUUAUGCCAGGAUUCAAUGAUGAAGCUCAAGGGUAUUGCAGCAGGAGCGCGAUCAAAAGGCGAACACAAACAAAAAGUCUUUUUAACCGUUUCCUUUGGAGGAAUCAAAAUCUUUGAUGAAAAGACUGGUAUUCUUCACCAUCAUCAUGCGGUACAUGAAAUCUCCUACAUAGCGAAGGAUAUUACAGACCACCGGGCAUUCGGCUACGUCUGCGGGAAGGAAGGAAACCACAGAUUUGUGGCAAUAAAAACAGCCCAGGCGGCAGAGCCAGUCAUUUUGGAUUUGCGAGAUUUAUUCCAGCUUAUCUAUGAACUGAAACAAAGAGAGGAAAUGGAGAAGAAAGCACAAAAAGAUAAACAAUGUGAACAGGCCGUAUAUCAGACAAUUUUGGAAGACGAUGUAGAAGAUCCUGUUUACCAGUACAUAGUGUUCGAAGCUGGCCACGAGUCCAUACGUGAUCCAGACACUGAGGAAAGCAUAUAUCAGGUUCCUACCAGCCAUAAGAAAGAAGGCGUCUAUGACGUGCCAAAAAGUCAGCCGAUAAGUAACGGAGACUUCAUUUCUUUUGAUGAAAAUCCUUCUGAUGUCAUCGAGGCUGUGACACAAUUAGCACUUUUUGGAGAUAUGUCUACUCCGCCCGAUGUAACGUCUCCUUCUACCCCGGCGACUCCAGGUGAUGCCUUUAUGACAUAUCCCACCCAGCUCCACCCAGCCAUUGCUCCCAUGUUCGGACCCCUUUCUUACAAUCCCGUUGCGCUGCCAUCAGGCUACGUUGCGAUGGGAGCUGUCCAGCCUUCAUUCUGGGGACAACAACCAUUGAUACAACCACAAAUGGUCCUUGGUGGUCAGUCUCCAGUUGCUCAGGUCAUGCAGGGAAGCCAAACAAUAGCAUGGGCUCAACCGGGCCUUUACCCUCCUACUCAGCAACAGCCAUGGCCAACCCUUCCGGGCCAGUUUCCACCUACUGCCUUCAUGCCAACACAAACUGUAUUGCCUUUCCAAGCAGCCAUGUUCCAAGGUACUACUGCCCCAGUAGCCGCCGUUCCACCAACCACUGACUCAUUGCGAUCAAGUCCUCUACAACUCGGCCAGAAAGUAACGAAAGAGAUGUUUAAGGAUUUUCAGAUGGUGAACCCCCCUCCGGUGCCAUCCCGGCAGCCAGAUCAACAGUCCCUCUCUUGUACCUCAGAGGCCUUCUCAAGCUACUUCGACAAAGUUGGGUUGGCUCAGGAUACAGACGACUGUGACGACUUUGAUAUCUCACAAUUAAACUUGACGCCUAUGACUUCCACUUCACCGUCAACUAACUCACCCCCUACUCCAGCCCCAAGGCAGAGCUCCCCAUCAAAGUCCUCGGCGUCUCACACAAGUGAUCCCAACGCUGAUGACAUCUUUGAAGAAGGCUUUGAAAGUCCUAGUAAAACUGUAGAAGAUGCUCCUGAUGCUCCUCAGGCGUCAUCCUCUGCUGAUGUAGGUGAGCCCAGUGGUGACUCUAUAAGCCCACAGGUCGGUAGCUAGAGAGCACAGACUGGGGUCAGAUCAGAAGAUCCUGUCUAUGCUCAGAUCAGAAGACCUAAGAAAUAGAGUUAACAAGCUCACAAUGCUCCAAGACUUGACUGAACAUAGGGAUGGCUAUGGCACGUUGAUGGCAGCAAUUGACCAUAACAAUGGGUUUAACCGGCCUCCUGAAAGAAGAAAAACCCUGGUGAACGGAGCACAAGGGUGAACCGCAAAACCACACAUCGGCUCUAACAUCAUUAACUUGAAAGCUUCUGCAAGGAACGUUGAUUCUAGACUUGAUCAUGAAGCAAUUUUUUUUUUUCCUGAAGGACGACGUGUUUAGUAUUUUACUAAUGUUUCCACAAGUUUUUUGUUCUUUGUUUCUUUUUUUAUAAACAAACAAACAUAAUGUAGCAAAAAGUUCCGGCUGACGAGACUGAAGUUUACACUGGGUUUUCUUUAUUAAUGUUUUAUUAGAAAUGUUUUGAAAAUAUCAACGAUGGAAGGCAGAUUUCUUUAUUUCACAAGAAGUUGCUAGAAAAUACACUUUUUUCAUUCUUUUUUUUUUGGAGGGGUGAAGGGUUGGGAGGGGUCACACUUUCCAAACACUGGGUACUAUAAAAAAAUGAAUAUUGUUUUUAUAAUAUGGUCUCUAAGACUGAUGGGAGGACAUUCGAGACCUGCACCAUUUUAGACCAGAUUCUAAACACUGUAUGGAAGAAGGGACGUUAUAAUGACCAGAUUGUUAUUAUGGACAAAGGAACUUUAUAAUUAAGGAGUUGGGAGGUAUUUUUCCUCCGCACUUAACCUUGCUGCUGUUCGGCUAUGCAGACAAGAUUCUUCUACUCGUGCCAUUUUUGAAAAAGAAAAAAAGAAAACUAUUCAUUUGCCCAACAACUCUGGAAUAAUUCCAAAUCUGGAUUUGGAUAUAAUCAGACUUUCUUCUGGAACUUUCGAGGCAUGAAUUUUGUUAUAUAAAAAAAAAAAAAAGAAAGAAAAAAAUUAUGUGAUUAAACAACUCAUCUCUGUCUCUUUUGUACAUUAGGAAAAAAAUUAUAAUUUUUAUUUUAUAAUCGUGACAUGAAAUUCUUGAAAAUGGGGAAAGGCUUUAAAUAAUUCACAUAAAAAGGGCAGGUUUUGUAAAUAUAAGCUAUUUUGUUUGUUUUUAUUUUUUUUUAUUUACUGCUACAUUGUAGCAGAAAAAAAUAUAAAGUGUCAUAAACAGGGUCAUACCACAAUUUCUUUUUCCA